AUGACGAUCGGUUGGUUGGCACCACUAAUUACGUUUCUGUUCCCUGAAAACUGCUUUGAAGAACUGCUAAUCCAUUACAACUUUUUCAGUACUCUAUGUGUCCGUUUGGUGUUUAGUCGCUUUCUCGGUCUGGGGAUCGUCACGCUGUCGGCUUUGGUGAAAGUACCUCAAAUCGUCAAAAUCUGGAAUGCGCGUAGCGGGGUAGGCGUUUCUGUGUUCAGUCAGGUGCUUGAGUUGAUCGGCACGAUGACAAUGGUGGCAUACAGUUCAGCGAAAGGCUUUCACUUCAGUGCAUGGGGUGACGCACUGUUUCUCACCCUUCAGACGACGGUCGUCAUUUUUAUGAUACUGUGGUUCGCUGGCGACCGAAACCUUGCUGCCUUGUUCUUGUUGAUAUUCGCUGCGAUGUCGUCACUUCUGCAGAUGCGUUUCUUUCCGUUGUCGUGGAUCUCGAAGUUACAGGCGUCCAAUACGCUGUUAUUCCUCCUGGCUCGGGGCCUGCAGGCGGCGAGCAACUACAAACGUAAAAGCACCGGUCAGUUAUCCGCAGUGACGUGUUUCCUGUUGUUUGGCGGAUGCCUUGCGCGAAUAUUCACUUCAGUCCAAGAAACGGGUGAUACGUUGAUGAUCAUUCAGUUCGUCAUAGCAUCGAUCAUGAACUUUAUCAUUUUUGCUCAGAUCAUUGUUUACUGGAAUUCUAGUGAUACCACUAGGUUAAGAAAAGGGAUAUGA